AUGAAGGGCGCUCUUCUUACUGCUGCCGCGCUUCUGGGCUCUGCUCAGGCCGGUGUUCACAAGAUGAAGCUCAACAAGGUUCCUCUUGCUGACCAGCUUGCUACCAACUCCGUUGAGGACCACCUCCAGAGCCUCGGCCAGAAGUACCUCGGUGCCUCUCGCCCCAAGAAUGCCGCCGAUUACGCCUUCGCUACCAACACCGUCAAUGUCGAGGGUGGCCACCCCGUCCCCGUCUCCAACUUCAUGAACGCCCAGUACUUCUCCGAGAUCACCAUUGGUACUCCUCCCCAGAGCUUCAAGGUCGUCCUCGACACUGGUAGCUCCAACCUCUGGGUUCCUUCUCAGCAGUGUGGCAGCAUCGCCUGCUACCUCCACUCCAAGUACGACUCGUCCGCUUCCUCGACUUACAAGGAGAACGGCACCGAGUUCGAGAUUCACUACGGAUCUGGCAGCUUGUCCGGUUUCGUCUCCAACGAUGUUGUCUCCAUCGGCGACCUCGAGAUCAAGGACCAGGACUUCGCCGAGGCUACCAAGGAGCCCGGCCUGGCCUUCGCCUUCGGUCGCUUCGAUGGUAUCCUUGGUCUCGGCUACGACCGCAUUGCCGUGAACGGCAUGGUCCCUCCCUUCUACCAGAUGGUCAACCAGAAGCUUCUGGAUGAGCCUGUCUUUGCUUUCUACCUUGAUGACCAGGAGGGUCAGAGCGAGGCUACCUUCGGUGGCAUCGACAAGUCCAAGUUCUCUGGAGACAUCGAGUACAUUCCUCUCCGCCGCAAGGCUUACUGGGAGGUUGACCUCGAAGCCAUUGCUUUCGGCGAUGAGGUUGCUGAGCAGGAGAAUACUGGUGCCAUCCUUGACACCGGUACCUCCCUGAACGUCCUCCCCAGCGCUCUUGCUGAGCUCCUGAACAAGGAGAUUGGUGCUAAGAAGGGCUACAACGGCCAGUACACCAUUGAGUGUGACAAGCGCGCUUCUCUUCCUGACAUCACCUUCAACCUUGCCGGAUCCAACUACAGCCUCCCCGCCACCGACUACAUCCUCGAGGUUCAGGGCAGCUGUAUCUCUACCUUCCAGGGCAUGGAUUUCCCCGAGCCUGUAGGACCUCUUGUUAUUCUCGGUGAUGCUUUCCUCCGACGAUAUUACUCUGUCUACGACCUCGGCAAGAACGCCGUUGGUCUGGCUCGUGCCAAGUAA